CAUAAAGACAUUCUUUCUUCUUCUGCGGACUUGUCAGCAAUGGCCUCCGUUGAUACCACCCAGGAAGAUGAUGGUGAACACUGCUCAGAUGCAGUCCUCACAUCUCGAAAGGAGGAUACCUCUGCCCUCGUGGUUAGCCCUCGCUGGCACACAAGAGUAUUUUCUAUGGAAUGCAUAUGCUUGUUGAUGUCACAGUGUGAAGAAGAGAGUGGGGCUCACUUUAGCAUGGCACGGGCUCAGGAGCUGAAGCACAAAGAACCCGAUCGAGAUUUCCUGGUGCUUCAUCUUCAAGAUCUGAUUCGCAUGUCCUUCAUGGCUGCCACAGAUCACAGUGAAGAGCUGCGUCUGGUGGGGCUGCAGGCCUUGUUACAAGUUAUACAUCGAUUUUCCGCUGUGCCGGAGCCAGAAUUUCCUGGACAUGUUAUAUUGGAGCAGUACCAAGCCAAUGUUUUGGCAGCUGUUAGACCAGCAUUUAACACGGAUACUCCACCUGAUGUUACUGCCAAAGCCUGCCAGGUGUGCAGUGCAUGGCUAGCCAGUGGAGUUGUGAAGGAGCCCUCAGACCUACAC